AUGGAUUCACUUGAUACAUCUUUAAUGCUAACUUCCUCAACAUAUUCAUUAAUGCCAGAAAAAGAUUUGGUGCAUACAAUUAAUCAUGUAAUUAUUCGUGAUAGUUGUAUGUUUCUUGAAAAUUCAAAAAAUUUUAAAAUUUCGGUUUCACAGUUACAUGAAGCUUUGAAUAAACUUGUUUCUGUUUUAAUUAAUCGUCCAAUUACAAGUCAAACUAUAUCAAAGUUCAUGAAUGAUACAAUUGAUCAACUUGUUGUGGAAAGGAAUAUAUAUGGUUUAUUUUUACAAUGUUUUGAUGUCGAUGAAUAUGUUAAUGCUAAUGAAAAAUCAUCCAAUUCUGUAAGAGAUGAUUUACUUUUCAACAAUCCUGAAUUUAGAACAUUAUUUACUUUAUUAAAAUGGUCGGAAUCUGUUGCAGAAGAUACAUUGGAUGGCUUUGCCAGUGGUCUUAAUUUACUUGAUCAAAUGAUAAAAUUAGAUAAUGUACUUGGAAAUACAAUAUUGGAAGUUAAAAAUGGUCAAAAACCAAUUACUUCAUUGUCAACAGAUCUUCGUUUUAAAAAUGAUGGUUUAUUUUUAAAUAGUAAAGAUUUAGAAAACAUUCAAGAUAUGAUUAAAUUAAUUGUUGGUUUUAUACGGUGUGGUAGAAUUGAUGAAGCAUUACAAUUGGUAAUACAAACUAAAUUUGCAUGUAUGCAUUCAUUAUUAAAAGUUAAAAAAUAUGUACAAGAUCCUACACUUUCUUCUUCUGAAAGUAAACAAUUAAAAUUUCUUUCUUCUUUUAAAUCUAGAGAUUUUACCAAAUUUGUUGCACAAAGUUUCCUUGACAAGGAUUUUUCUACUUAUACAGAUAUGGAUAAAGUUCUUUUUGCGUCUGUUUCAGGUGAACUUAAAUCACUACUUAAAUAUUCAACAACUUUUAAUGAUAAAUUAUGGUCAUUAUUAUCAACAGCCGUUGAUGCUCGUUUUGAUGAAGCUUUAGAAAUCAAUUUUGGUUAUAAAAGUAAACUAAAAAGAAAUGUUGAAAAAGCUAUGACAGUUGAUUCUAUUUUUGAAAGUUUAGAAAAAAAUGAUAUCGAUGACUACUAUGGCCUUGUAAAAUAUAUUGUGACGGAACAAUUUUCAAAAUGUAUAGAAUUUAUGUAUGGAAAAAUUAAAGACAGCAAAAGUGGAAAAGUUACACUUGGAAAAUUAAUACAUCCAAAUACGGUAAGAAUGUAUGCAAACUUAGCAAUUUUAUUCAAGAAAUUCGAUAUAGAAAUGGAUUUAAAGAUGGCGGAUGAGAUUAUUUCUUCAUAUAUUGAUAUCUUAAAAGAUUUAAAAGAAAAUAAAUACAUUCCUUAUUAUUUAAGCACAUUAUCAUGUGAUAUACAAGAAGAAGAAGCGAAACUGUUUUUAAGUGAAAUUGCAAAUGAAGAUGAUCGUAAAAUUCUUCUUAAAUAUUGCAAGAAGUAUGGAAUGGAUACAAGAACUAUUUGUCUUCUUCUUUGCAAUAAAACUGAUAAUUCUUUUGACUCUUCCUUAAGUGAUACAGAUAUAGAAAAUAAAAUUACAUCAUGGUUGUGGCUUCUUGAUGGAGGAAAUGAUACAUUAGUGGAGGCUCUUGAAGAAGGUUGCAAAUUGUUACGUUGGCUAUUAAUAAACAAGAAAGAUUUUUACUGGGAAAAAGUACUGAAAGCUCUACCUGAUAACAUCGUUUAUGAUAUUGAAAAAUUAAAUAUUAAACUUGAUAAUAAAGAAAAAAAUGAUGACAUCAAUUUGGAAUUUCUUUCAUUUAAACUUUUUGAUAGCAUUUGUACAAAAUAUCAAUAUUGGAGUGAUUGUUUUGAAAAAACUUGUGGUACCUUUGAAAAACUAUCAAAUGAAGAUUUGUCAAAGUUAUCUUUUGUAGAUAGAGAAAAUUACCAAAGAGAACUUUUUGAAUUUGAAACAGAAACUGCUAAGUGGAAAGAAGAAUCAUCAAGAGCAAAAGAUAUUUUUAUCAAUGAAGUUAAUAUGGCUUUAAAUUUUCCAAAAGGAUGGUUUACUUCAAGAAUUAAUGAUAACUCACGUGUAGAUGAAUUAAAAAAAAUACGCAGUAUCUGUCUGUAUCGAACAUUCAAAAUGUUAUUGGAAUGUCAUAUUGUUAGUAACGAUUAUAAUGGUACAAUUACCAUUUUACAUAAACUUACUGAAAGUAAACGGCAAUUUAUAAAAGAACUUGAUAUCGAAGAUCGAGAAGACCUUUUUAGAAGUGCCCGUAAUUAUGUUGGUUCAUUACCAGAUAUUUUUAAAGAAUAA